AUGAUGGAGCUUGGACCAAGGUGCUUCAAUGUGAUCUACUUGUCGGUUCUGUGUCUGUGUCUUUGCCUGCCAGGAGACACAAACACAAAAAAGGUCAUCAAGAUACCCCGCUGUCCUGCGACCUGUUCGUGCACCAAAGACAGUGCCUUCUGUGUGGAUACAAAGGCAAUACCAAAGAGCUUCCCACCUGGGAUCAUUUCUUUGACGAUAGUGAAUGCAGCAUUUACGACAAUCCCAGAAGGAACUUUCUCACAACUUCACCUACUUCAGUUCCUACUCUUGAACUCAAACACAUUCUCCACAAUUUCGGAUGAUGCUUUUGCUGGCCUGUCUCAUCUGCAGUACCUGUUCAUUGAGAAUAAUGAAGUACAAACUCUCUCCAAGUAUGCCUUCCGAGGACUAAAAUCUCUGACGCAUCUAUCCCUCUCAAACAACAACCUGCAACAGCUGCCUAGGGAUCUAUUUAAACAUCUGGAUCUCCUCACAGACUUAGACCUUCGAGGAAACGCGUUCCACUGUGACUGUAAGAUCAAGUGGUUGGUUGACUGGAUGGAAAAGACCAAUACUUCAGUUCCUCCCAUUUACUGUGCAAGUCCCUUUGAAUUCCAGGGUCGCAGAUUCCAUGACCUUGCCCCGAGAGACUUCAACUGCAUCAGUGGAGAUUUCGCUGUUUAUAAAAGAUUUACUUUCCAGUCCGUGUCUGUGGAGUCUUAUGAGUUUUGUGGAGAUCAGUUUGUUGCCUUUGCUCAACCUGAAUCAGGUUUCUGCACUCUUUAUGUGUGGGAUCAUGUAGAAACGGCCUUUCGGAAAUUUCAUAAUAUUACAUCUCAUUCAGCGGUGUACUGCAAACCAGUGGUGAUAGACAACAUACUUUAUAUAGUUGUGGCCCAACUUUUUGGUGGAUCUCACAUCUACAAAUGGGAAGAGGACCCCCUUCGUUUUGUGAAGAUCCAAGAUAUUGACACAGUUCGAGUGAAGAAGCCCAACUUUGUGGAGACCUUCCAUUUGGAUGCUGAAUGGUAUUUUGUAGUAGCAGACAGUUCGAAGGCUGGUUCAACCAGCAUUUAUCGAUGGAACAGCAAUGGUUUUUACUCCCACCAGUCCCUCCAUCCUUGGCACCGUGAUACCCAUGUGGAGUUCCUUGAUGUUGGAGGAAUGCCUCACCUCAUUCUAUCCAGUGCGACUCAGCCACCAGUGGUUUACCAGUGGAACCGAGGCCAGAAGCAAUUUGAUUUCUUCUCUCAAAUCACAGAGCAAGCUGACGUGCAGAUGGUCAAGCACUUUCGGAUUAGAAAGGCGCUUUACCUUUGUCUUACUCGCUUCAUUGGUGACUCAAAGAUUCUCCGCUGGGAAGGUCAGCGUUUCAUUGAAAUCCAAACUCUUCCCUCUCGUGGCUCGAUGGUAGUGUAUCCUUUUACAGUAUCUCUUCGUCAGUAUCUUAUCCUUGGGAGUGAUUUCUCCUUUUCCAGAGUGUACUUGUGGGAUGAUCUCACUCAGCGCUUUCAGCCCUUCCAGGAACUUAACAUCAGAGCUCCAAGGGCCUUCAGCUUGGUGUCAGUCGACAACAAAGACAUUCUGGUGGCUGCCAGCUUCAAGGGAAAUUCCCUGGCUUACCAGCAUCACCUCGUCGAUCUCAGUGCUAAGUAGAGAUGAGAAAGACAACAUGAUGUGCCAAAAAAAAAAAAGAAAAAAUGCAGGCAUACAGGUGCAUCUGAAAUUAAUUGCGGAAAACUCAGUUUAUUUAAGAGGAAUUACAAAAAAUGAAAAUCAUGUAUUAUUCUA